AUGGCAGUUGUGCGCAGAAAACUCUUGCAAAGCAGGCAAGUGAGGUGUCUUCUCCUUCUUCUGUGUGUGUCGGUGGGGGGUGCGGCAACCAUCCGCUAUUCGGUGGCGGAGGAGAUGGAGAGCGGUUCGUUUGUGGCUAAUGUGGCUAAAGACCUGGGGCUGGAGGUAGGGAAGCUGGCUGCCCGCGGGGCGCGGCUUGUCUCCGAAGGCAACAAACUGCAUUUCCGGCUCCACCGCAAGACGGGGGAUCUGUUCGUGAAGGAGAGACUGGAUCGGGAGUCACUUUGUGGCAAAGCCGACCCGUGUGUUCUGCACUUUGAAAUAGUCCUGGUGGAGCCCCUGCAGUCCUUUCGCGCCGAGGUCAGGGUAUUUGAUAUCAAUGACAAUGCCCCGAUUUUCCUAAACAAGGAGCCUCUUUUAAAGAUUCCAGAGAGCACUCCCCUGGGUUCACGUUUUCCUCUACAGAGCGCCCAGGAUCUGGACGUGGGCCUCAACGGUCUCCAAAACUACACCUUGAGCGCCAAUGCGUAUUUCCACCUGCACACCCGCUUCCGAAGCCACGGGCCCAAAUACGCCGAGCUGGUGCUGGAUAAACCCCUGGACAGAGAGGAACAGGCUGAGGUCAACUUGACAAUCACUGCUGUGGACGGCGGGUCCCCGCCCAAGUCUGGCACCGCCCACAUCCGGGUGGAGGUUCUAGACGUCAAUGACCACGUGCCUCAGUUCUCGCGACUGGUGUACCGCGCUCAGGUACCAGAAAAUAGCGCCAAUGGUUCUUUGGUGGCCGUGGUGACUGCCACGGACCUAGACGAGGGCUCCAACAAAGAGAUAACUUACUCUUUAGCUCAGAACACAGAAGCAAUUCUCCAGACGUUCCAGAUUGACCCUCAAACUGGAGAGGUUCGACUACGAGGGCCCCUAGAUUUUGAAGCUAUUGAAACAUACGACAUUGACAUUCAAGCCACAGACGGAGGAGGCCUCUCUGCCCACAGCAAAGUCCUGGUGGAAGUAGUGGAUGUGAAUGACAAUCCUCCUGAAGUGACGGUUUCCUCUGUGUCCAGCCCUCUCCCUGAGGACUCCCCACUACAGACUGUAGUGGCCCUUUUCUCUAUCCGAGACCGGGACAUUCGAGUGGGAGGAAAACUCACUUGCUUCCUUAGAGAAGACCUUCCUUUUGCAGUCAAACCUACAUUCCGGAAUUCUUACUCGCUGGUUACUGACAGAGGCUUGGAUCGAGAGGACGUCUCAGGCUAUAAUAUCACCCUUGUUGCCGUGGAUACUGGACCACCCAGUCUGUCCACGGAGACUGUGAUAGAGGUGCUAAUAUCUGACAUUAAUGAUAAUCCCCCAGUAUUUCAGGAAGACUCCUACAUCUUGACUGUUCGAGAAAACAACAGCCCUGCGGUUUUUAUUGGCAAAGUUCAUGCUGAGGAUUUAGAUUUGGGGGAGAAUGCCCAAGUAACAUAUUCUUUGCUGCCUCCAAAGAGUGGAGAUCUAUCAGUCUUCGCUUACAUCUCCAUAAAUUCAGACAAUGGGAAGCUCUAUGCGCUGAGAACCAUGGAUUAUGAGGCCAUUCAAGAUUUUCAGUUUGUGGUAAAGGCAACUGAUGGGGGCUUCCUGUCACUGAGUAGCCAGGUGACUGUCAGAGUGAUUGUCCUGGAUGACAAUGACAACCGCCCAAUGAUCUUGUACCCUCUGCAGAAUGGCUCCUUGCCUUGCAAUGACCUGGUGCCCAGGUCUGCAGAGGCAGGCUACCUGGUGACCAAGGUGGUGGCUGUCGAUGGUGACUCGGGUCAGAAUUCUUGGCUUUCAUAUCAUCUACUUAAGGCCACUGACCCUGGGUUAUUCUCUGUUCAACAACAAAAUGGGGAAAUCCGUACAUUGCGGCAGGUAUCUGAGAGAGACCCCAUGAUGCAGAAACUGGUCAUUCUUGUUCAGGAUCACGGCCAACCAGCUCUUUCCACUACUGCCUCACUCAACAUCUUGCUGGUAGAUGGCUUUUCUGAGCCCUAUCUGCAGUUCCGGGAUUCAUCCAAGCAGUCUGCAAGGGUAAAUCCAUCCACUAAAUAUUUGGUCAUUUCUCUGGCUGUGCUUUCCUUUCUCUUUCUGCUCUCUGUCACAGUGAUCUUUGUUAUACACAUCUACCAGAAGAUUAAAUGCAGGGAAAAGUUCACAAUUCAAGAGCAUUUCUAUGAUGACUGUAAUUUCCCUAACAACCUGAUGCAAGGAGGAGCCAAUGGAUCCUUAUCCCGGCCUUGUCCCUAUGAAAUGUGCUCGGCCACUGGCACUGGCAAUAGUGAGUUCCGGUUUCUUAAGCGCUUUAUGCCCAACUUCCCCUUCCCUCAUGGGACUGGUGAGGUAAAAACAGAGGCUGGCUCCAGUUUACCACCAGAUUCUGAUAGCAAUAGGUCUCGCGGGUCAGAAGGCCAUGGUCGAGUAUCUGGUGACUAUAUGUAG